UUCAUCUGCCCUCUGCAGAACUGGCCUGCAGUUCAGAAACCCACACAAUGGGACAAAGCAGAACCAAAAUGCUGAGGACCCUUCUUCUCACCAGCCUCCUGCACAUCAGCAUGGGCUAUGACAAGGUUUUUCUUGAGCAGAAGCAAGCGCUCUCCAUGCUGAAGCGCACACGUCGAGCCAACAAAGGAUUGCUGGAAGAAGUGCGCAAAGGCAACCUAGAACGGGAGUGUCUGGAGGAAAUCUGCAGCUACGAGGAAGCCCGUGAAGCCCUUGAAUCAGACGUCCAGACAGAUUUAUUCUGGAGUCAAUACACAGUUUGUAACCAUCAAAGGAAGCCCAUUUCCCUGCUGAAGGAGUGCUUAAAAGGCGACUGUGUCCAAGAUCAAGGGCAGAAUUAUAGGGGAACCAUUUCUGUCACCAAGUCAGGAAUUGAAUGUCAGUACUGGUCCAGCAAAUUUCCUCACAGGCCUGAGUUCAAUGUGACCACCUAUCCAAAUGCCAACCUUAUUGAAAACUACUGCAGGAACCCAAACAACCACUCACUCGGCCCCUGGUGUUACACCCGCAACCCAGUUGUGCGAAAGGAAGAGUGUGCUAUUCCUGUGUGUGGGAAGAACUGGACUACUGUUCCUGUCUCUCCAAGACUCCAUCUACAAGAUACAGCCCCGCCGCAGCAGCAGCAGCAGCAACCAUGCGUACCUGAUAAGGGAUUGUUGUAUACAGGGACGCUCUCAGUCACCCUCUCUGGAGCCCAGUGUUUGCCAUGGAACUCGGAAGCAGCAAGGCAGCUUAGCCAUAGAACACACUUUCUGCCAAGUGUAAAUCUGGUGCAGAAUUAUUGUCGCAACCCUGACGAUGAUGAUGAAGGUGUCUGGUGCUACAUAGACCACCCCAACAUGACACACGAUUAUUGUGACUUGAACUAUUGUGAAAGCUUUUUGAAUUAUGCAGAUGAUGUGGUUGAAGACCAAAUAGGAGGCCGGACUACAACUGUAGAACACAGAACCCAUUUUGAUCCUAAGACAUUUGGUGAAGGUGAAUCAGAAUGUGGUAUCCGUCCCUUAUUUGAGAAAAAGAAGAUCGCUGAUAACACUGAGCAUCAGCUGUUGGAGUCCUAUCUCUCAGGCCGAAUUGUGAAGGGAUCUGAUGCCGACUUAGGAAGUGCACCCUGGCAAGUCAUGCUGUUCAGGAAGAGCCCCCAGGAGCUGCUUUGUGGGGCGAGUCUCAUCAGCAAUCGCUGGGUCCUCACGGCUGCCCACUGUAUCUUCUAUCCACCCUGGGAUAAGAACUUCACUACAGAUGACCUCCUUGUACGGAUUGGCAAACACAACAGGAAGAUAUAUGAAAAGACCAUGGAGAAAAUUGUCCUGCUGGAUAAAAUCAUCAUCCAUCCAAAAUACAACUGGAAGGAAAAUCUGGACCGGGACAUUGCACUGUUGCGCUUGAAGAAACCUGUUGCUUUCAGUGAUUACAUAAAGCCAGUGUGUUUGCCCACCAAGGAGAUUGUUCAAAGCCUUUUGCUAUCUGGAUACAAAGGGCGUGUGACUGGGUGGGGAAACCUAUUUGAGACCUGGAGUUCUAGAAGCUCAGCUUUGCCCAAUGUGCUGCAACAGGUGAACCUGCCUAUUGUGGAUCGGGAAACUUGUAAAGCAUCCACCAGCAUCAAAGUCACAGACAACAUGUUCUGUGCAGGGUACAGUCCUGAAGAUACCAUGAGGGGAGACGCAUGUGAAGGUGACAGUGGAGGCCCUUUUGUCAUGAAGCACCCAACACUUGAGCGGUGGUUUCAGGUGGGCAUCGUCUCCUGGGGAGAAGGCUGCGAUCGGGAUGGCAAGUAUGGAUUCUACACGCAUGUGUUCCGCCUGAGGAAAUGGAUGCAGAAAUGUAUUGAGAAGCACGGGCUUUAAAAGGAGUAAGCCUCAGCCAUGAUGCCUUGGAUUGUAGACAUGUGUAUUAAACAUUGCCGUAACUAAAAGCUGAAGCAAGGAAAUGGUAUCUGGGCACAAAUGCCAAUAAAUGUUCUGGCCCACUAUUCAGUUUUCUCUGGUAUCAGUUGCAAGAAAUAAAGUUUGUUCAAAGUAGACACAGUGUGUCUACACUAGUACUGUCACAUCAGUACUGUUGCCAAAGUCAAUGUAGUUGAUGGAAUAAGCAUGUAAACAAAUGCAUAGGUCAGUCUUGUACAUAUUAAUCUGAGGAAAACCAACCUAGACCUGUAAAACAUUUGCAAGAGAUUUUCGCUUCAGUCUAGGAAGCUGCAAAUUGUGCAACUUAUUCCUAGCAUAAUGCAGAAGUAAGGCUGCCUCUGACCUAGUUUUUUACUAACUUCAAAAGAAAGUUUUACACUUUUUAAAGGAAAUGUGAAUACUACCUACAUUUGACCUGUUAAAGACGUUAAACAGAGAACAGCUGUAUAUGAUUUGAAAUGAAGUUUAAAGUAUGUUUUCUUCUGUAGAUUAAGAACAUGCAAAAAAUUUCAAUAUAAAAAUAUUUAAAUUUC